AUGCCUCCAGUUAUUUCUAGGAAUAAGAAGAAUGGCGCUGAGUACGAGAAUGUACUCUGUAACAAAACCAAUGUGCUUGAUUUUGAAAAAUAUAUUCAAGAGAACAAAACCUUGCUACUCAAUGAUCCACUAAGAGAUAUACUUUUGUAUCCAUCAGAUGAUGUGUCUAGUGUAGUUCUGCCUCGUCGUUGGAGGACAGUUACCACAGCAGUUCCAGAUGUUCGAACUGCGGCAACGUGCCCUUUACUCACAAGGCAGGCCCUACUCAGUUACGCUUCUAGUUGGAAUCUUGUUCAUUACAAGUACAGCAGUUAUUCUGGCUCUUAUCUUAAUUUGCCUAGACCAAUAAACAACAAAUUACCGGAAGAAGUGUUCGAUAUUGACGCCGAAACUGAAAACGAUCAUGACGCUCAAGCAAAGGUCGACGUUGGUACUAAAGAAGGACACUUGCUCAAAGGACCCGAAAUCGGCUCAGAUAGAAUAUUUAGCAAUCUUGCUUCAAAAUCCUUUAAGAAACGUUACUGCUCAAUGGUUAGAGAGGCGAAUGGUGCCUAUAUACUGGAAGUUUACAAAGAUGAAAAGAAAACAGAUACCAAGCUUACUAUUGUCAUGGACUUUUGUUCGGAUGUUGUGAAGAAUCCAAAACGUGGAAGACUUUGUUUCGAAUUAAGAAUGUCCGGCAAUAAAGGCUACACGUUCGCGACAGACACCGAGGAAGAAAUGAAUGAGUGGAUUAACGCAUUUAAGGCGGCACUUAAAAAGGAUCAAGACCAAGAAUCCCACCAAUCCGACGAAGUGUUGGAUAAAGAUGCGGAUAUAUCUCUAACAGCAGAGCCUCCGCCCCCAACAUACGGCACCCUAAAGGGCCUGGAACACAGUAUGAAUCCACUCCUAAUGCGGUACUCUAGGGAAACCGACCUUUCUAUCGCGGCGGCCCGUAACGAGUGCCGCUCAAAUGUCUUCACUCUACCUUACAAAAGGACACCAUCUCCCGAGCCACAAUUGGAACCUUUCAAAGAACAUUUUGGCCAAAGAAUAUUGCUCAAAUGUGAAAGCUUAAAGUUUAGGUUACAAGCGCCCAUCGAUGGCGAUAAAGAGCUAUUGUGCCAAGUAGAGCCAUAUUUUACUUGCAUCGCGCUCUACGACGCUCGAAGUGGCCGCAAGCUCACGGAGAGCUUCCAUUUUGAUUUAAAUCAUCCAGCAGUGAGAGAUCUAGUCAAAGAAAACGAAUGCACAAAGUCAUUAGUAGAAAAUUUUAGCUACGAUGUUAAGUUAGAUGUAAAGCAAAUUCCAGAGGAAUGGUUUAAAUCAAAAAGACAGAUGGUGAUGUCAGUAAACAACCCGCAUCCAGAUUUGUUUUUAGUUGUAAAAAUAGACAAAAUCUUGCAAGGACACGUUAGUCAGGUGCUCGAGCCGUAUAUGAAGGCUACGAAGGAUCCUAGAUUAGGUCUCAAAGUUCAUAAAACGGUUCAGUCAUACGCCAAUCGGGUUGGAAACUAUCGGAUGCCUUUUGCUUGGGCUGCUAAACCUUUGUUCAAAAUGUAUAGCAAUGAUUUGGACACGACCCCCGAAUUUCCCGCAAUCUACCGCCAGGAACCAAACAAAAUGUCCGAUGAGGACUUAUUGAAAAUACUCUCAGACUACAGAAAACCUGAGAAACUCGCCAAGUUAGCGGUCAUACCUGGGUGGCUAAGCAUCAACAUACAACAGAGUGUGGAACAAAUACCAAAUUGUAUGACAAGCGCGUAUGCAGCUUUAAAACCUUUCCCUUUACCACCGGCAUCGCCACUCACUUUAGAGUUAGCGACUUUAAACCAAGAAGCAGAGCAACCUUAUGCUGCGUUUAUCCACCAUUUGUACGUACGCCCGCUGUCUUUGAGUUUCGAAUCACAGAAAAUGUUUGUCAGAGCGCGGAAUAUCGCCUGCUCGAUAGAACUAAAAGAAUGCGAUGUCGGCGAUGUGAAGCCUUUACAGGUUAUAUACGGCCGCAUUGGCAUGACAACUCAGUAUCGUUGUUCAGUUCUACACCACAAUACUAAUCCAAACUGGAGCGAUGAGGCGAAGAUCCGUCUACCGGCGACUAUAACUCCAGCUCAUCACUUGCUGUUUACUUUUCACCAUAUCUCGUGCGAUCUUGCCAAAAAAAAUGAUACGAACGUAGAAACUUGCAUAGGAUAUGCGUGGGUUCCAUUACUGAAAAACGAUAAAUUCAUAGAUGAAAUUGUCAACUUACCUAUUGCCACUCAUUUGCCGUCCGGAUAUUUGUCAAUACAGCCACUUGGACUUGGAAAAGGAAAUACAGGUCCAGAAGUGGUAUGGGUGGAAGGCGAAAAACCAUUAUUUCGAUGUCAACUGGUUCUCGACUCGACCGUCGCUACCCGAGACAUGCAUUUACAUAAUCUAUUUGCUCAAAUAGAGAGGCUUAUUAAAACGAGUUCGCCGCCCACUUCGCCCACCCCGCCGCCGUGGCAUGACGUGUGCAACGCCCUUAAAGCUGCACAUGCUAUCAACUUAAGUUCACUUGUAGCUUUCCUACCUACUAUAUUAAACCAGCUAUUUGAUCUCAUGACGAUAGAAAAAGGUUACACGCAAGAUAUGGGAUUUCAAGUAGUGAAAUUAAUCGUACACUUUGUGCACUUAAUACACGAUUAUGGAAGAAAAGAUUUAGUUGAAAGCUAUGUCAAGUAUGUCUUCAACUGUGUGGAAUUCAAACUUCAUAUAGUUCUGACAGCACCACUGCAUAUGUUUGUGGACCCUAACCAACAAGACUUCUUGCUAUGUCACAAGUUCAUGCAGUACUCCAGUUUCUUCUUCGAAAUCAUUAUCAAAAGCAUGGCCCAGUACUUGAUUAAUACUGGCAGGAUAAAGAUGUCGAGAAAUGAGAGGUUUCAUAGCGAUCUGAUGGAAAACAUUGACAAAUUGGUUACUACUGUCGAACCGUCGUACAUAUUGCAACAGCCAAUGCAGACGCAUAUUUUUAACAAGAAUCUUGCAAUAUUCCUUAAAUCUUGCCUUUCAUUUAUGGACAGAGGUUUUAUAUUUCGUCAAGUGAAGAAAUAUUUGGAAAAGUUCAAAACGUGCGACCCCAAAGCGUUGUUCGAUUUCAAGUUUACGUUUUUGCAGACUAUUUGUUCACAUGAGCACUAUGUUCCUUUUAACUUGCCACUUCAAGCAAACAAAUUAGCCAAAGAUUCUGAUGAAGAUCCUGUGAAAUUAAGACUGACAGAUGAGUUUAUAAUGAGGCAUUUCCUUGCUGGGAUUCUGCUUAAACAGGUAGAACAAUCUCUACGUGAGGCCCCUCAAAAGCGUCGAUCCGCAUUAGGGGUGCUACGUAGUUUGCUUACGAAGCAUGAGCACGACGAUCGAUACCGAACGCGACAAACACGAGCCCGCCUCGCGCAGCUCUACGCCCCAUGGCUCAAUAUUGUGCUCGAUAAUGCACAUCGUCUAGUAACUAAAACUCUUGCCAGUCCGGUAAUAGAGAACGGAUUCGAUAAAGUAGAUGGUGACGCGACCACAAACGCAACAAUGAAUAACACACAGAAAGAUGUUGCGUCAGCAAACAGUACGCCGCGCAGAAACAGAUUAACUUUGCACUUCGAGCACACGCCGAUAAGAAACUCUACGCACUUUAAAGAACCUCCAAAUAUCACUAACAACAUGUAUGGAAAAGAUAAUGCAAACAGUAUGUCGCAAAGCUCUCUUGAGUCAGUAUCGACGAUGUCAGGCGGUGAUUCGUUGCCGCGGAACACGCGUUUAGAUUUGAGUGAAAUCGGCGACCAAGUGAACAGAUUCGGUGUUAUGUCCGCUGAGGAGGUGCGCGAUGUGCUUAUGUGUUUCCUGUUUGUGUUGAAGUAUUUGGACGAGGACAGACUCAUUGAGUGGUGGCGAACACACUCGCAAGCGCAACAACACGCCUUCUUUAGUGUUCUAGAAAUAUGCGCUGAGCAGUUCCAAUACGUUGGUAGGAAGAAAAUCCUCGCAGACUUGCGAGUGCCCUCGCCGGAUUGUAAUGGCAAAUCCAAACCGAUGAAAGCCAGAACAUUGCCGGCUAGAAUGAGUCCACCUGACUUUUCCAAGGAACCGCCUAUUAUAGUCGAGAAGAAUAAUACCGUGAACAGGGAAAAUCUAGUCAAUACAUCUGUCACUACUGAAUUAGAAAUGAUGUCAGAACACGCGGUUUUAUCGGCUGGUUGCUUAGCAACGGAAGUUGGUCUCACAAUAAUAGACCGCGCGUGUCUUUUCAUGAGGAACCUCGGCGUAGCGGAGGGUGUUGCAGCCAAGCCUUAUCUGAAGCUUUUAAUGUAUCCACAGAGCGACACGUUGUAUAAACACCUCUUUGCCGCACUCCGAGCAUAUAUAAAUCAGUAUUCCGAAACUCUAUUUGAAGGUGGGAGUACGCUUUGUGCUGGUAUUGUGAGUUCAGUGGUGAAGCUUUGUGAAGCGAGGGCCCCAUGGCUAAGGCGUGAGGCAGCAGCCUCCUUGUAUCUACUGAUGCGGGCUAAUUUCCAACACGGUCCUGGGGGAAACCUCACGAGAGUUCACCUUCAGGUUAUCAUAGCAGUGUCAAAAUUGUUAGACAGUUCCACAGCGCUGAACUGUAAACGUUUUCAAGAGUCGCUCUCUGUGAUAAAUUGCUUCGCGACUGGCGAUAAAGCUAUGAAAGGAACAGGUUUAUCGAGUGAGGUUGCAGAGUUAAUGCGACGCGUGCGCACCGUGGUGGGAGCGCGGGCCCGACUGGCGGGCGUCGGAGGCAGCGCUGGCGCUGGUGCUGGCAGCGUACACCUAGCAGAACUCCAACACGCAUUGGCCGCAUCGUGUCGCGCGACCCCGCGAUUGCGUCACGCGUGGCUCGCGACGCUCGCGGAACACAACGCACGACAUAACGACCACGACGAGGCAAUGUGCUGUCAGCUACACAUAGCGGCACUGAUCGCCGAGUACUUGAAACUGCGCGGAACACAGACUUGGGGCGCUGAAAUGUUUGCUGAUAUCUCCAUGAACAUCCCGCGGGACGAAAGCGGUCUUAAAAUAGACGAGGGCAUGGCCGAUGUCCAUUACAACGAACAAGCUCUCCUCGAUCAACUUGUCUUGUGCACAGAAUAUGUGGAUAAGGCCGAAAGAUACGAACUGCUGGGACCUCUUUAUCGUCUAGUGAUUCCCAUAUAUGAGCGAAGAAAGGAUUAUCAGGCUCUCCUCACGUGCUACCAACACCUCACGAAAGCUUACGCAAAAGUCAUAGAAGUCACAAAUUCCGGUAAACGACUCCUUGGCAGAUUUUAUAGAGUUGCUUUCUUCGGGAAAGAUCAUUUCGGGGAGGAUGAAGAGGGUAUAGAGUUUAUUUACAAAGAACCGAAGUUAACAUCCCUAAGCGAGAUUUCGGAAAAACUUCAUACUUUUUAUGAGCAAAAGUUUGGUAUUGGCAACGUCAAGAUGAUUAUGGAUUCGGCGCCGGUGAUACGCGAAGAGCUGGACAGCAAGCUAGCUUACAUCCAAGUCACGUGGGUUCGCGCGUCACCGGAAGGAAUGGCGGCUACCCAUUCGGGAGGUGAAGGUACCUUUGAGAGGGUCCACAACGUCAGACGUUUCGUCUUCGAGACUCCCUUCACUAGGGACGGAGCGGCGCGCGGACCCGUGCAUCAUCAGAGAUUACGACUUACUCACCUAACAGCCGAGAACUGGUUUCCUUACGUGAAGCGUCGAGUCCAGGUGAUUGAAACGCAGGUUGAGGAAAAGAGUCCCAUAGAAGUCGCCAUGUCCGAGAUGGAGAGCCAGGUUGCCGAACUGGCGGAGAUUGUCAACGCCAAAGCUCCCGAUAUUAAAAAACUGCAACUUAGACUACAAGGCAGUAUUUGCGUGCAAGUAAACGCUGGUCCCCUGGCGUAUGCAAACGCGUUCCUAGAUCCAACGUUGGCCCUCAUGUAUCCAGAUGACAUGGUCGAUAAACUGAAAGCCGUAUUCAAGGAGUUCCUGACAGUGUGCCACACGGCUCUCCAACUUAACGCGAAGCUGAUAAGUUCCGACCAAGUGACAUAUCAGGAAGCGCUCGAAACCAACUACUAUAAGUUGAGUGAUUCACUCGCGAGCGUGCUCGGUCAGCCUUUACAGGACAUCCUUCUUAAUGGGAACCUCAGCACCACGGUCACUGGCGUAGAACUAGAAUCUAGCAAUGCUUAAAAUACAAUAUAACACUUACAUUUGUCUAGUCUAAUUUUUCUAGAAUACCAGCGAUUCCCAUUAUCUUCGUCCUCGUACACCUUCAUAUAAGUUCCCAUACAGACCUGCUUCAGAAUACAAAUCGCCCGCCUGCGCUAUAACUCGCUGUUUGCUCGGCACCCAAGCUUAAAACCUUCCUCAGGAAUUAAGCUAUCAAAUAAAAAAAAAAUCUUACAUGACUAGUUAUAUAAACGAAAAACAUCUUCAAUUUGUUAUUUGUAGCAGUAAAAUAUAAUUGGUUUAAAAAAAUAACAUAUUCAAAGUUCCUCGUCGUCAUUCAAAUUUGCUCGAUUUGGAACUUUAGUUUUGUAUGCAAAAAAAAAUACAAAAAUGACGUUUGACAGCAAAGAUAGCAAGAUUACGCCUGCCGCAAGCCAGUCGUGAUAUACGAUAUCAACCCGCCGUUCUGCCUGAAACCAAAAACAUGAUCAAUAAUGAAUCAAAUUAGUUAGGGUUCGCCUUUCUAAGUAAUGUUGUUUUUUAAAUGCGAAUAUAAUUUUUUCAAAAACCACGCAAUCCAUUUAAAUCAGAAGCUAAAUUUUUGAUUUUCGUUUGACAUAAGGAAUCUCACAAAAUAUAAACCUGUAUUAUUAUAAUAUGAUUCGAUAGUGAGUUUAGUCAUAGUUUUCUCUUCUAGAGAACUUAAUCGAUUAGAUAGCAUUAAAUGUCUAUCAAUUUUAUAACUUACCUAUGUUAAUGUAAGAUACAUAUUUACUAUUAUACACAUAGCAUGAUUUACUAUUUAUAUAAUCAAGUCCCCUCCAAUGGACUUUUCAUAGUGAUUAUACACAUCGAAAUGAUAAGAAAGUCUUACAGUGCAUCGGAGCUCAUAGCAUAGGUUCAACAAAUUAAAUUAUUAAAGGAUGACACGGCGUCAGUUUUCGUAGAUGAUAUGACGUAUGACGUUUCGAUAUUGCUAAAAUCUACACUAUGCGAUGUAGUUUGUGAUGAAAAUAGCGCAACAAAAGUUCAGUAAUAUUUGUAAUAUAGCAGGUAAAUAUAACAUUAUCUGUCAUCAAAAUUACUAAUAUGAUAGGAUUUUAUUGUAAUAUGACUUAAAAUGUGGAAAUAUACAUCAACAGUAUGAAACUGAGCCGAUUAUCACCCCGUUCCUUUGUUUAAAUAAUAAACAACGCAAGUAUUGUAUAUUAAUAAUUAUAAUUCUAAACUAUUGAUAACAUAUAGAAUAAAGUCAAUUAAAUCUUCCAUCCCUUUACAGUUGUUUGACAUCUUAAAUUUCAAUCAGCUGAACUAAUACUGACUCAUGGUUUACUAAAAUUUUAUGUUCUAAUAUAAUUAAAUAAAUUUUAAAAUCCUCUGACAAUGCUCAUGUAACUUGUAUUAUUUUUAACACUUCAUAAUUGGUCUAAUAAAUAACAUAAAAUGUUAAUACCCAAAUCGAAAUUUUGGCAACAGUUUUCGGGAACAAUAUAUCAAUUUUUUACAUUGUUCGCACCAAUUCUCUAAAUUUUUCUUACACUUUAUUCACUGACGUCACAUUCUUAAAUACAGGAAUCCCUCACCUAUAUCAGAAAAUAAUUAAUAAUAUAAAACAUUAUUAAUAUAACAUACAUUUUGUAUUAAUAGUGAAACCACACAUUUAUUACAUAACUAUAAUUCAAUAAUUAUAAACAAAAUACCCUGACCUUACAAGUAACUUUUUCACACUCUCUUGAGAUAUCUGUUACACUCUCCUUUUGGCGGGCUGUCACACAUUUGCUUAUCUAGACUUAUAUAGCCACUGCUUAUCCACCAAACAUUUACAACACACCAAACAUGUUAUGUAAAUACGGAAUUAGGUACGUAUUCUCUAGUUAUACUUUAACACUUGUGUCUUAAUUAUACGGUUAGAUCCCCUAUAAAUCUCAUGUCAUAAUCAUUUAUCUAGUUAGAUAUGUAUCUUUUGUCUAGUUUAGUUUAAAAUGUAUUUGGCAUACCAUUUUAAAGACAAUAAUCUGUUAAAACUUUUUUACAAAUGUCAAAUAAAUACCAAAGUCCAAAACAAAUGAAUAAUCCUCAUAAUGUGAAUAGUUUUUGAAAUAUAUUAAUAUUUAGUUUUUACCAAAAAAGAGAAUUGGAAAAUAUACACGUAUAGCGAAAAGAUAAUAUAAAACAUAUAUAAAUUACAAAUUCCUUCUUUACAUAUAUACCUAUAAAUGUGUUACUUUUAAAAUUCUUAUAGCAGUUUAAUUAUAUUACGCCCGGCCGUCGAUCAAUAUUUAUGUGCUAUCAAAAAGUGUCCAUGCUAUCAGUAUUUACUUACGAAUUAGCAAUCCAUUUUCGUUGGUGUGAUGAAAGUGACAAAAUACCUUACUUUAAUUAAGGAUGUACUAACAUGAGUUAUAUACUUUAUUAAAUAUUUUGACCCUCAGUAAAAAUAAAAAGCGGUCAGUUUUUCUGCUAUAUUGUGUAGUCGGGACUAUUAUAUUAUUGAUUGAAGCACCCAUCAUAUCAUAUCAUAUAAAAUGUAGUUCCUCAGUAAUACUUAUCACUUGCAUCAUGCAAAGAAUAUACUCUCAUAAUACAUUUAAAUGACCUGCGUAUUUUUAUAUAAUUUAACAAUCUUAUUUAAUAAUUAUAAAUAUAAAAAUUAAUACUUUAGUGACAGUUGAUGUUCAUUUUUAAAUUUUAUUUUGAGAAGUUUAUAUCAGUUUAACUUAUUUGUUUAUAGGUAUAGUACCCAUUAGUUGUCGCCAUUAAAGUUGAUGUAAGCCUAUUUUAUGUAAAACUAAUGUAAUUUUGUUAAAGGUAUUCGUUUAAUAAGCUGUAAAAACCGACUGUGACUUAGAUGUAGCCAUCGAAUUUUUAAUACUUUAGUUUUUAUUAUCUAUUGAGACUGUAAACUGUCUUAAGAUUGUAAACCGUCACAUACAAGGAAGGAAGAAAACGACCUAUAAGAACUAAAGUUUCUUGGCACAUGUUAUAUUCAAGUUCUAACUUGUAACCUAACCUAAAGCAACUUGUGUUUGAAACAAUUCGAUAGAUUUUAUUAUCUAGCGACAAAUAAUGCGUUAAAUUAUAAGCAGUAUGUUUUUACCAUAAUAUUUACGAUCAUAACUUGUAGGAGAUCGCUGGAUCAGUGAUGACGAUUGCGACGUGGAAUGUAAGUUUAAAGGUGUAAUUUGGAGUAUUUUGGUAAUAUGACCAAUUAUUAAUAUGACCUCCUGCAGCUCAUCAUUCAGGGGAAAAUAGCCGGCAAAAUACUAAAUUUUAAGGAGAACGUUUUGGCUAAAAAAUAUACGCCAAUGGUUGGGAAAGGUUCGGUUGAUCGUUGUUGCAGCUGCCUGUUUGUAUUUUAAAUUCUUAUUCCGGCUUUAUGGGUCUUAUUUAUUGUAUAAAGAAUUCAUUUUUCAUAUAUAUUCUUAAAAUUCUGCAUCUCACGUUGUGAAUUGACUAAAGAAAGACUUUUUACAUUCACAAAUGAACUACUUUUGCAACUCAUCGCAGUCGGAUACAAACCUGAUAUUUUAAUUCUCUUUUCAUUCCAUUAUGUUAAUAAAUAAUUUAUGUUAUCACUUAUCACCAUACUAAGUUAUAUGCAUACCUACCGUAAUCAUUUUAUUAUUGUAUGAUACAAAAGUUAUUCAAAUUGUGAAAGAAAAUUAAUUUAAAUAAUUUUUAGAAUGUAAUAUUAUAUGGUUUACCUCAGUACUUGUGCACGUCGUUUUAUAAUUAAAUAAGAUGGUUCCAAUAAGAUUAUAUAAAUAGAUACCUACUUUCAUAUAUGUUUCUAUUUAUUUAUUCUUAUUGUUGCGUAGUUCCACAAAAAAGGUGAUUUUGUGUCAAAUGAGUGUAACUUCCGGAAUGAUAUGAUUGAACAUCAAUAGCUUAGCCUUGGGUAAAAAUUGAAAACAAAAACAUUAAAUGAUUUUUUGUAUACACUGCUACUUACUUAAAUCCUUUAUUUUUUUUGUUUAUGUGUCAAUAUGUACUAAAUAUUAUACGUAUGCCAUACAAUAUAUUGUAUAUUAAAUAAGUAUAUUUAUAUCUACGUGAUUGAUAUACAAGUUACGAUGUAUCUUUGCACAAAUUAAUAUAAAUUGAGGAUUUUAUAUCUUAAUCUGAAUAUUGUAAUCUGAAUUUCCUGUU